AUAACUGUAGAGUAGCAACCUUUGGGGGAUAUCUUAGUUAAGCAACCUUGGUAUGUCAGUUGGGAAUGAUGGACUAGAGAAGAAUAAAGAGUCAGUUGUGUGGAGACCGAGGAAGGAUCCAGACGUGCUAAACCACGACACUACAUUGGCGACGAGAAAAAAACGAACCCGGCUCCAAAAAGAAGUGAAAUUCAAAGAAAGCAGAGUUAUGAAUUCUAUGGACAUCUUGCGAAUGCCGGGCCUUGCGGCUCAACCGUUCAAUUACGAAGGGUAUUCCGAAAAUAUAGGUGUGGAAUGGAAAAAGUGGCUCAGAUCGUUCGAAAUUAUGCUACGGGCUUGUCGAAUCGACGAUGACGAUUGGAAAAAAGACCUUUUACUACAUUUUGUUGGCUCAAACGUACAGCAAAUAUUUGAUUCACUACCAGAAUUACCGAACACCGACAGUUGCGGGCCACUUGCAAAUGUAGAAAGAUAUACCCCGAAUAGGACUGCUUAUCAAGAAGCAAUUGCCAGACUGGAUAAUUUUUUUCUUCCAAAACAAAACCCAACCUACGAACGACAUCUGUUGCGUCAAGUAAAACAGAAAUCCGGAGAGAGUUUCGAUUCUUUUAUCAUGAGAUUGCGUGUACAAGCAGACCGUUGUGGUUUUGGAAACAAGAUGGAAGAAUACGUGAAAGAUCAGGUCAUUGAAAAUUGCCAAUCCGCUUCAUUGCGGCGAGAAUUACUUAAGCAAGGUGAUGCUAGCCUUGACAAAAUAGUGUACGUAGCCAAAAUUUUUGAAACUGUUGCGUAUCAAGAAAAAUUAUUCGCUGAUAACAAAGAACAAGUUGAACUGGUGCAUAAAAUCGAAGAACCUCAGUAUGGCAAGAAAAGAAAAUUUCUUGAAUCAAGUCAACGGGAGUGUCAUCGAUGUGGAUACUCAGGACACCUUGUAAAAGAAAACAAAUGUCCAGCAAAAGGAAAAUUGUGUAACAAAUGUGGUGGCAGAGACCACUUUGCAAAGAAAUGCCGUACCAAGCAGUCAGACUAUACAAGAAAAACAUAUUCAAAGCAGGACCGCAACUACAUCGCAAGUAAUAACAAAAGAGACAAAAAACCAAGCAUUGUAAACCACAUCGCCAAUGAAAACACAGAAUAUAUUUUUCAUCAAACUAAUUCAGGCAACAACAGCGAAGUAAAAUGUAAUAUUGGUGGUGUUCCGUUAACCGCAGUAGUAGAUUCGGGAUGCAAGUACAAUUUAAUCAGCAAGGUAACAUGGGAGGAGAUGAAAUCGCAACAUGUUCACGUGACAAAUCAACGACGCGAAACUGCGCUUGAUCUUAAAGCAUAUGGGGGACAAUCUUUGUCACUGAUCGGCAUGUUUACAGCUACGAUCUCACUGGGCAUGGCUAAAACAGUUGCCGAUUUUUACGUCGUAGAAGGAGACGGAAAAACUCUUAUCGGCCGUGAUACUGCCACCUUCAUGGGCGUUUUGAAAAUAAGCAUACCAGUAAAUGCAGUUGAAAACACAAUAGGGAAAUUGGGAACUAUUAAUAAUAUCGUUCUGGAUUUGCCUAUCAAACCCAAUGCAAUACCAGUAGCCCAACCAUAUCGCCGUAUACCAAUAGCAUUAGAAAAGCUGGUGGACAAAAAGCUGGACGAGCUACUACAUCAAGGAGUUAUUGAACAACAUCCUUCGGCAUUCCUGACUCUUGGUAACUUCAUGCAAAACGGGCGCGACAUAACGAAGGAUGGAGUCUACAACGGAUGCCAGAAGACGUCGUUUUGCACACUUGGGGCCACUGUGGUUGCGCACAAGACACCCAAACGCCUUUGCUGUUCGAAGCGCUAG